UGGCGGCAUGGACCUGCUUGUCCGCUGGAAAACAAUAGAAGCAGCACAGAGGGACCGAGUUCGCCCCUUUUAACUGACGACCCUCCGCUUCACAGUCGUACACAUCCCGUCUCAGGCGCGGCCACGGGGAGGGUUAUCCACGACGGCAUCUCGGGAGGAAUAAGUUUAAAGUAUGAUGCUUUAUUUAAAUGUUUCAUGAUAGCCCCCUAGCUAGCUAGCCAGCCAGCUAGUCGAGCUAUCUUUACCCAAAACAUAGCGCUAGCAGCUAGCGGCUAACGGUUACACGGAGGCGGAGGAUCAGCUGUUAGACAGAUGCUGUAGGAAGAGCGGACAGGAACACUUUCACAUGAGUGCCGCUGUGACUGAAGGCCAUUAGCAAGACAAAGGUCGCCUCCAUGGAGCCAGCACAGGAGUCUUUGUAAAGGGCGAGGGGGGGUGUAUAGACGCCCAGAGUGAAAAAGAGCCAAAUUCAGCAUUUUAUGGACGAAACCUGAGCCGGGAGUUUACUACAAGUCUGUAUUGAUGAUGGCGGAUUUUGUUACACCGCGACACAGCGCGGUGAUGGAGAGGCUCCGACGGAGGAUCGAGCUCUUCCGGCAGCAUCACAACAGCUGCGAGAGCCGCUACGAGAACGCGACGCUGGAGCGGCUGGAGCUGGAGAGGCAGCAGACCUUCGCCCUGCACCAGCGCUGCCUGCAGGCCAAAGCCAAGCGCUCCAACAAGCACCGGCAGCCCCAACCCAGCGGCGACCAGACCGGCCAGAGAGCGCCGGGCGGCGGCGGCAGCUCGGAGCUCGGGGAGAGCGGAGGGACGACUGCGGAGCAGAGCCGGAACAGCACCCUGAUAGCGCUACAGGAGACGGUGAAGAGGAAACUGGAGAGCGCUGGUUCUCCGCUGGGCAGAGAUCAAGUCAACGGUUUCAGCGAAGGUUUCCCCCCCAACAAGAAGGCCUGUCUGGACAAUGGCACCACCAAUGGCUCACCGCUGGACUCCAAGCUUGGGAUCAGCGACUCUCUGAACUCUAAUGGAACCCACGGGCCAACGGGGGAGUCAACGGAUAGCGGGGGGGAGCCAGGUUUGGACUUCCAUCGGAAGGAGAUGAAGCAGGAGCCGGAUGACAUCCUGCCCAUCAUGCCGCCGUCGGGAGGAGGUAACAACAGCUUGUUCCCCGACCUCAACCUGAACGAGCAGGAGUGGACGGAGCUGAUGGAGGAGCUGAACUGUUCUGUGGCCUACGAGGACAUCCAGGACAUUCUCAAUGAUGGCUUUGAGGACCGCAAAGAUCCUCUGGAGCUGGCACCGACUCCAGGUGGUGGGGCGACAGUGGGAGGAGGAGUAGGAAGUGGUGGGGGAGGCCAGUCGUCCCAGGGACUACUUCCUCCAGAUCUGGCGAGCGUUAAAGCAGAGUACUCCCCAGCCUCGGCCGCUUUCGAGCAGGACUCUCGCACUGGCUCCCCCCAUGUCAGGUCCACCUCCUCUGGGCCUCCUCCUCACCCCACCAGCUCCCCUGCUGCCUCAUCCUCCGCCUCUUCUCCGGCUCUGCCCCCAUCCCAGCCAGCUCCUGCCCCCAGGCAGCUUCAGCCUCCCCCCAACCACCUCCUCCCUCCAGGGCCCCCGGUGCCCAAAGACCUGUCCCCCGCCCAGCAGCUCCAGCAGCUGGCUGCCCAGCAGCAGAGAACCCAGCACCUCCAUGGCCAGAUGCAGCACAAACAGCCACAGCCGGGGUCCAAGUUCCACAACCCGGGGCCCCAUGCCCAUCCCCCACCUUGGCCUCAGAUGGCCAACACCUCUCAGAGCCCACUAGGGGGCGCCUUUGGAAUGGACAAGCCGACCAGCCCCUCCCUGUACCCACAGGACUUCAACCCCAAUGCCCAGAAGCAGCUGCUGAUGCCCAACAAGGGCUCUCCCAAGGCGGGGGCUGGCAGCUACAUGCCGGGACCCGGUGGGCAUCCAAACAUGCUGGGUCACCCAACUUCAGGGCCUCCUCUCAGCCACCCGCCAGCUCCAGGAGCUCAGGCCCAGGCCGCUAUGCUGAACUACAACAACACCAAACCCCUGUCGCACUUUGAGGCGGGGCCCGGACCGCCACGGCCCCCGAACACCCAGAGCCAGAACAAGGCGGCCUUGCUGACACUGCUCAGACAUCAGCAGCAGAUCAAACAGAAGAACAGCAUGAACUUCCGCCAGCACAUACCACACACACAGGACCAGAAUAAUUACCCUGCUCCUCCACACGGCCCGGGCCCCACCAACACCAUGGCGUCUGCACCCGGGAACAACGGCAUGGCACCCCAGCCUGGGGCAAACGCCAUGGCCACUAACCAUGGUAACGCAGCUUACCUGAACAGCCAGGCGGCGGUGGCAGCAGCGCUGAAACAGCAGCAUCAGCAGCAUCAGCAACAUCAGCAGCAUCAGCAGCAUCAGCAACAUCAGCAGCAUCAGCAGCAGCAUCAGCAGCAGAUCCUGGAGCAGCAGAAACAGCAGCAGCAGUACAUGCAGAGACAGCAGCUCAUUGCUGAACAGGAGAAGCAGCGGCAGCAGGACCAGCAGCUUCAGAGACGCCUGACCCGACCUCCACCACAGUACCAGGACCAGCCGGGACAACCGGCGAAUCAGAACCCUUUCCCACAGCAGCCAGUCAACCAGUUUACAGCUUCCUCUCAGCCAAUGGGCAGCGUCGGCUCCAUGGGAGGUCCCGCCCCCGGGUCCCAGCGUAUGUUUCCUCAGAACCAAGGCAUGAUGGGUAUGAACAUGGGUCAGGGCGGCGGACCGGCAGGCGGUGUAGCUCCGCCUCCGGCGGCGAGUCAGGCUGACAUCAGUCUGCCGUCCUGCGGGGGCGGAGGGGGCGGGGCCGGCGUGGACGUCCAGCAGGUCCUCUACAACAACAUGAACCUUCACCCCAGCCACCCGGCCCACCCACCCCAGCAGGCCGGCCUGCAGCGCCAGCCUAUGGGCCCCAUGAGUGCCCCCUAUAGGCAGAACCUUCUGGCUCAGCAGCAGCACCUGAAGACGCAGCCCAACGCUGCCAUGCUGAAGCAGCAGCAGCUGGCCGCCGCCGCCGCCGCCGCCCGCAUGCCGGGCUCCAUGCAGAACAGUAUGGGGGCCAACCUGCCCGGCUCAAUGCCCGGCAGCAUACAGGGCACACAGAGCGCCGCCUGGCAGCAGCAGCUCGCCAGCCAGCCGCCCUCCGGCAACGCCGGCCUGCCCCCUAACGCCUUCAGCAACACCCCCAACGCCUUCCACAUGCAGCAGCAGCAGCCUCGCAUUCCCAAGAUGCCACCGGGCGCCGCACCCUUCGGCGCAAACCCCGGAGGACGCCCGAUGGGAGGCCUGACCCCUGGGCAGCAGAUGAUGCAGACAAACAUGGCUGCUUCCCAGCAGAGGGCGCCUCCCAACCCUCAAAGCCUGGGCCAGCCGAUGGCCAAUCAACAGCAGACUCAACAGCAACAGGCCAAUCAGAACCAGGCCGUUCUCCCCGACCUGGCGGCCUUCGGGCAGCCGCAGGGCAACGGCCGCCAGGGACUGCAAUGUAACCAGGGAUACCAGGUGAGCAGGACUGCUAGUCAGCAGCAGCAGGUGUCGUUUGGAUACAACGUGGCGUCGGGGAGCUUUGCUGCAGAGAGCGAGCUGGUGGACUCCCUGCUGAAGGGUCAGAGCCCCCAGGAGUGGAUGGCCGACCUGGAUGAACUGCUCGCCAGCCAUCAUUAGUUGCAUACACCUGUCUGCACCUGGAGCACCUGAACCCUGCUGAGCCGAGAGGCUGCACUGCUCAACCUGAACGGCGGAGACAUGGAAGACGAGCCGCUGACAACCGCGUUGAAAAGACCGAAUUCUUUUGUCAGACCAACAGCAACACUGUUCUGAUCUGUUGAAAAAGAGUCAGACGCGAGGUCUGCGCGUUAGUAUCAGCCAACCAGCUAAUGAGAAAUGACCAGCAGUCAGCUGAUGGUGUACGUCGGUGUGCAGAUUUCCAUUUACUGUCUUUGAGUUCUGCUCUGAACAUCUCGCCGGCUGGUAAACUCGUGAAGCUCGUUUUUAAAUUUGGGAUUCUUGUUUGUUUUUUGUUUUUUUUUCAGACACUGAUCUGUGGGCGAGAUGUUUCCUUCCCUGAUGUGUUGGGUAGAAUAUAUCCCACCCACAGAUGUAUAAGCCAGCUGCCAAAUCCAUUGCAAUGCAAUGCAGAAACAUGAAGUCUGGUGUUCCAGCUGGUUAGAGAGACAUAAGAGAGCAGUUAAAUUCCCUCAGCAGUCAGUACGCGUGUGUCGGCAGCCACGGUCCCUGAUAUUCAUGUCAGUGGUCAUUCAGCUCUGUUUGCGUCUUGCUCAAAGACACCUUGGUUCAGCAGACGGCGUCCGAGUCUAAACCGCUCCGUCACCUGAGGGUUAAAACAGACGAAAUUUAUCAGCUGGCUCACUGGUAAGAAAUGAAACCAGUUCGGUCGCAGAUGAACUGAGCCCCGAUGUGUUUCCUCGUCUUGUCUGAGGAGAAUGACACCAGGUCCGGUUCAAAAAUCCGGCAAUUCCACAAUGAAUUGCUCAUUGCAAAACUACACACCUGGUAGAACAGGACUUAAAACCUUUUCAAAUUCAUCUCGGUCUACUGGUGAAUUCUGCAUCUGUAUGAUGCGCUGAGUGGGAUUCUUCCUCUUAAAUGGCAGUUGUAAGAACCACGCGCUGCCGUCCAUCAGCCUGAGUUUUUGGUAGACGAAGAUUGCAGGAGUAAAAAGGAAACCAGUUCAGUCUGUGUGCACAUUUCAUUCGCUGACGAAUUCUGUUAGUGAAUGAUGUUUACUUGUGUUCGGUUAAAUGUUUGCGCGUACAUCCUGUACUCCUACACUAUAAAGUAAACACUUCAUAUUCAUCUUGGUAGGGCACUAUUUUAGAAGACUGGAUAAAUGGUUGAAACGAUAACAGAAGUUAGGUGUGGGUGAUAUAAAUGAUAUCGUUGUGAAGUUUUUUUGAAAGUUCAGCUGAGCAGCAGUUUGUAGAUUACAAUGACCAGAGGGGGGGGUAGCUGUUCUGGGUUAAUGCAGUGAAUUAAUUCCUUUGCAACAUGGAGCACAACAUCCUAGAAAGCCACCCCCGGAUAUAAACGGUGUAGAAACACGUCAUGGUGUGUGUAGUCGUAUCAUCCAGCCCUGACAGAUGUCAGUCACAUUCCUACUACAGAAUACGAUCACCAGCAAAAAGUCAAGUCCAAGAAUUUAUCAGUUGUUUUUUUUCUUUGUUUAAAUUUUCUAUAUUGAUCUUUUAGUAUUGCUCUGUGGGGCAACACUAUCAGCAACACUACACUCAGAAAUCCUGUGAUUUUAGUCUGCAGGCGAACUUUUUAACUAUGCUCAGUCGUUUAUUUUUCACUGUGUGGACGACGCAGACUUUAAUAUGUCAGAAAAUGGACGUCAGCCCGUAGAUCCGUUCGUGGGUUGUUUGACUUCUGGUUAUUCACACUCACUCACCUAAAAUGUCGCCCAGUUUUAGAAAGUUAACAGAGGUACGGUGACCUGCUGUAACACACGUUGAACUGGUUUCUAACGUUUCAGUUCUGUUCUAUCUCGUGUGUGAGUUUGUAAAUGAGCAACACAUCUGAGCUGCUGAGCUCUGACUUCAGACUGAAGUUGUGUGUCUGCGUGUAUGUGGAGAUGAACAGUGUGUAUGAAUUCUGUUACACACUGCAGCGUUUAUCGAUGACUGGAGACUGAACGGAGGAGUUGAACUAAGACUACUACUGAACCUAUGGCUCAGUGCUAAACCACUGUACCUUUCUCCACGGCGCCACCUAGAGACCAUCAGCACUACUCUGAGCGUCAGACACCGUUUCACAAACCUUUAAAAGUUGAUCCUUUUACGCGGCUAGAACUUAAAUUUCUUUUCUAAUAUCUUCAGCAGAGACGAGGUGAAAAUUAAAGCAUUAAAUGAGUCAUUUUAAAGGACCAUUCCAGAGUUUUUUGCCUAUUUUACACCAUUUACUACAAGUCAUAGGUAGUGUGUAUAUAUAUAUAUAUAUAUAUAUAUAAAAAACUGGUGGCCAUGUUCCUAAGAUUUGAGUAUGUUUUAGUUCGUGUCAGAACGUGUAGAGACUCAAAACUUAAUCCAUCACAUCAUGUUUGCGUUUGCUUUUUCUUCUCAUCCAUAUUUCUGUGGUAUUUCUUUACCACAAGAUGCUGAAGUUACUGCAACGAAAUCAGAAGCUAACGUGAUGGGUUAGCAAACGCAAACAAGCUACAAGCUGAUUUUCAUACUGCAGGGAAAUAUGCGGGAACAUGCGCUGCUGGGAAGACGGAGGCAGAUAUUUAAAUAUCUUAAACAAUACAGCUCGCUUUGUUUAGGGAAAUGAUCUGCACUAAUGUAAAGUGAUUAUUUUUUUAGUAGCCUGGUCGUCUCUGAAUGGCCUGACUAGUUUGUUUCGGGUCAAGGUCGGCUGAUAAAACUGCCCAGUUGGUGCUUGUUCCAAUCUCCUUAUGAGGAGUCAGUGCUGGAAGAUGUCGUCGUUUCCUACGUCGUCAUAAUAACCAGAAACAUUUUAUUUUUCUUUGUUGAGCUCUACAGUUUUAGCGAUCCCUCUGCGUGACUGUAACCAUCUGCAGAGAUACGAUCUUCUGGAGGAUCAUUUGGGCAGAAACUCUGCUCUGGGUCAGUGUGAAACUUUCUGGUAUUUAUUUAAAUAAACAUUUUAUGCAAGUGGAAGAAGGUGCAGAAUAUCUCCGUGUGGUGCCGGCGAGUUCGCAAAACACUCUACUUUUUUCCACUUGCAGUAACUCUCUGUGUAAAUGAAUAACGGGAGAGUUACCUUCAGUUAACAAAUCAAUUAUUCAGAGAAGUUUUUUGAUUUAUUCAUCACCAAAUAAUUUCUUUAGUUACUACAUGGAGCCGUUAUCACCCUAAGUAGUUACUGUAAAACAUGCAAAAACAGUGAUGUGGUCCUUUACAUAUGGAUUUAAAGUUUUAGUGCCCAUUUGAACAAAAAAACAAACAAAAAAAAUUCCAAUCGUGAUAAAAGAUACGGCAGGUGAAAUGUUGUGCUGACCAGCAGAGAUACAGGACGCACCGUAGAUCCCAUUCACACCUUUCUGUUUCCUUGCGAGGUUCUUUCGGUCUAAAAUGUUCUCACUCCUGGUUGGAGCUCCACUUCCUCCUGCGGCGCUGACCCGAGGCCACACAAGCACACAGCCGACCAGUCACCUGUGCGCGCAGAUAGUUUACUGGAGCCGAGUCCAGUAAACUAUACUUCAACUCAAUGAACACGUUAAAUACAGUUUUACAAAUGCGGUUAUAAAACCUGAAAAAACCCACGUACGCUGAACGUCGAUGUCUUUACCUGUAAAUCACUGAAAUGGAGUUUCAUUGGGAAGUUUUUCCGCGGCAGGAUAACUCUGCGUGCGCACAAACGGCACACGAAGUCAGGAAGCAUUGACCCCCUCUGGUCUCCCCCUCGGGUCAGCCGACAAGGUCGGGGUGACGGCUCGGAUCCAGUCACAACCUCAGCAUUUCAUACCGACCCGUGACCUUUUCCAGAGCUCGACAUCCUCCUGUAGACCAGAUUUAAACACAAACCAGCCGAGUUCGUUUUGGUUCUGUGUUGCGGCCUGAAGUUGUAAUGCUGCGUUCAAGUCUAAUUGGAAAAGCGCCUUUUCCAGCUGGCUGCUGUGACACCCACAGAUGGCGAAAAGUAUUUUACCGAAGCCUCACAGCUUUCAGCAGGUUAAUCCAGAGUGUAUCUGGACCCUUUUUCUCGGGAUUCCCGGGCACAUUUAUUAAAACAAACGAUAAAACACAUGGGACAGUCUGGGCUGUGGAGGGUCGGUCUGCCUGGGAGUCGAGUUCCAGGGCAAAACUGUAUCCAACACGUGAAACCAGGUGUAAAACUGUGCUUUUGCCACUGCUGUUCUCGAUGCAGGGACUCACUGAAAGUCAGCGAUAUUUAGCGGGUUACCUGUUACAGGCGGUCCCUUCACCGUGCAGGUGUUUUAUUCUGAACCAUCCGUUUCCUGAUGCAUUUAAAAGAUUUUACGGCUUUCAACAGUUGAACUGGCAGUUUAAACCUUCACUGUGCGGGUGUUUAAUUUUACACCCUGGGAUGCUACAGAUUGGUUCACGCGAGAUAAAAAACGUCUUUUACCAGAUAAAAGGAAAACACUCCCGGAGCGGAUCUCUGAAACCCUGCUGUGAGGGGAAGGUUCCUGCUUGAAUCUCU